AUGGACCAAGAAAAUGUCACGUCAUAUUUCGACUGGGUCAACUCGUCAGUCAUCAACGAUAUUGAAACAGAUUUUGCAGCUACGUUCUAUGCCUCUGAGAAACGAUCUGCAUUGGAGGUCUGUAGAUUCUACGAAAAUAAAGCUGGCCUCAAGGACGAUUACGGAGAAUUAAGUGUCGAUAUUGACCCCGAGUCAGUGUCAACUGUGUUAGAUGUGGAUCGAUUUGCUAAAUCUCGGGAUCCCUGUCACAUUUUCUGUAUAGGUCAAAGGAACUCCUAUUCCAGAUUACAUGUUACGCGUGAACUUUUUGAACAACUGAUUGACAAAUACUCAAUCUUUGAUCGGAUAUGGGACUUCAUGCUGCCGUUCAGUUUCAAGACUCGGGAGUCUGACAUUGGGCAUGCUCCAUUUCGGUUUCGACAAUCAGAACCGGUGGUUUUUAAGCCUAGUGGGAAGCUGGGGUCUUUUGAAUGUGCGUACGGCUUUCGCUAUGUUGAGCUGAACCACAGACAAGGAUCGAAUCUGGAGAAUCCGGACUACGAUCCGUGGUCAGUUCGGCAGACUGCAGUUUAUCAGCAGUAUAAUAGCUCCAUGGAUAGGAUGACAUUUGUUUUAAUCUCACCAUCAAAGAAAACUAAGAAAAUGUUAGGAUUAGCCGUACAGCGGUGCCUCGAGUAUAAACGAAGUCUGAAUGCUUUUGAUCUUCAUCUCAUUAUUAUCUCAACAUUACACGGGAACUGGAGACUGUAUGUACGAAGUUUGGAAAGGCUCUUGAUGUCACAAUCAGAAAACGUUACAUUAACACCAGUCAGAAGCGAAGACGUACGAUGGACACCCUCGACGGACAUUUCCAUAAAAUUCAUUGAUCGGCAGAGACUCAAACAGACUGAAGAUAAGAUUUUAGAUCUAAAGAUCAUUUUUGAAUCCCUGUAUAACACACAGUCGAAACUACAGAAGCAGUGCCAGAUUCACUGCAUAGAGUCAAGGUGCAAUGAAUGUACGUGUUCUAGAACCAUGGAAGAACUUGAGGAGCAGAUGAAUGAGACACAGGUAAACUUGAAGAAGGUUGAAGUUCUACAUAAAAAGGCUCAGGGAACAGCACAUAUGCUCACGGAUUGGCUCGAUUAUGAGAAUGCUCAAGUUGCACAUCUUAAUCAGAUGUCUCUUAAUGGACUAAUUAAAGAAACUAAAGAAGAGAACAUCCAGAUGAGGAUCCUCACAGUAGGAAAGGGGUUCCCGAGAUGCAACUGGUACGUAGAAAUUGUUUACCGACACUAUGGCCUCGCUCUGAUAAUCUACAGCGGUGAAGAUACUGACGGUCAUCACCCUUAUUUAUCUACCAAUGACUGUCGUUAUGGUAGGUCUUUGAAUUUCUUCUCAACCCAACUCAUUCAAGUCGACGACAAGGGUCGAAUAUCGAUAAUUUCUCAGUCGUGGUGGGUUGUGGUAGUCGCCAUUCCUUUAACAGUUGCCACUUUCGCAAUAUGGAAGUUAUGGUUAUCAUACACAAUGAACGCGCAAGAGGGUAAGAAAUCACUCCAAUUCGGCGAGGGUAAAGCCAACAGCCAACGGGCUUCAAUUGAACACGGCAUUACUUCCAAUUGGAGCUCUUGGCAUCGGUCUCCUUCGAAGCGCCACCAGAGAGGCGGGAUAUUAGAGAACGAGCCUACCAGAAACACCUUCGAUAUUGACCCGGAAUCUACACCAAUAGGCACAAUAUCUUCACCGAGGGAACAGCUGGAUCAGAAAUGGUAA